ACUGUCGUUAUUACCCUAACAAAGAUGGCUGCGUCCAUCAAUUUGUUGGCAGUACUUGAGAAAACGGCGAGAGAAUCCUUCAGCGAAGAAGGUAUUCAUGUAAAGAAGAUAGCUGUUGUUCGUAAAUCUGAUCGUUUUUCUAGUGGAGAUAUUGUCAUUCCGUCAGGAUGUCAUGACAAAAUACAAAACGAGGUUCUUCAGAAAUUGAGAGACAAAAUAUUUAAAUCAUUGUUAGAAUCAGGACAACCUGUCAAAAAGGUAUCAGGGGAUGAGUUCAACAGUAUAACAGUUUAUUUAGACAGAACUAUCAUCUUUAAAGAAGCAAUACAGAGUGUUAUGAUCCAAAAGGAGAGAUAUGGCUUGAAAGAUGAAAAGAGAAAUGAAACUAUCCUCCUUUGCAAUGAGUGUCUUUUAAACAACAAAACAUUAUUGAACAAAGAUGAUAUUUCACUGGAUUCACUAAGGUCAUUAAUGGUACAGGAUCACAUGGUUCAGCUUCUACAAAGUCAAUGUUAUGACGUUUUUCAACUGGUGAGGAAGGAUACAUAUGAAAAUUAUAGGCCUGUGCUGUCGCAGUAUGGAACUGACUCAAGUAGUAUCUUAGAAGGAGCUGUAAAUACUGAUUCUAAAAAUUCUGUAAUAUCUAAAUUUUUAAUGAAUAAAUUUAUUGAAAAAGUAGAGAAAACAGAAGGAACUGGUAUAGAAAAAGGAGAUUCUGAGAGGGUUAGUGAAACAGCCAAGACUGAUAGUGGGCCUAGACUGGCUUAUGAGUUUAAUAUGAGGGAAUAUUUGAAGGACAAAAACCUAAAUGUUGGAAAAACAGGUUUUGAUAAGAAUUUAUCUGUAUGUGAAGUUUUCAGUUUGGAUUCACCAGCUGAACUCUUGAAUACUUCUGUCCUAGUCAGUGAUGCAUUAAAGGAGCAGAAAGCCCAGAAGUGUAUCCAUGUUACUGGACAGAGUCAUGCAUUCUCUAGUCAAAAGAUUCACCUUAUUCUACGAGAAUUACUUGAUAUAGAUGAAAAAUCAACAACUCAGAAACAUUUUGUGUAUGGACCGGUUACAAAGAGACAAUCAUGUUCUGAUAGUGAUAUUCAUACAGCUGAUGAUCUUUUCAGGUUGAGAUAUGCACAGUUAAGGCAAGCUGCUAUCAUGAAAUAUGGGGAGGCUGUCCAUGGUGAGGGUUGGGCUGCCACUUUGGAGGCCCUCACUGCAGCUUGUAUCAAGUUUGAGAUGCUAUCUUGUGUGUCCAGAAAUACUUUGAAGCUGGAUCUAUCUGAGGAUGAGGAUAUGGAAGGUAGUGGUCUGGCUACGUCAAGUGGAUCAUUUGUCAUGUAUAACUGUGCUAGGCUGGCUACACUCUUUAAACAUUUCCAGGAGGAGGUUGACAGUGAGACCUAUCCACCUCUGCCACCAAUCAGUAAGAUUGACUUUAGUGUACUGAGAGAAGAGGCAGAGUGGAGUUUACUGUUUAAUUAUGUGUGCACGUUCCCAGAUUUAGUGGAGCAGACAAUAGAUAACCUAGAUGACUGUGAUACAAUAUAUGCCAAAAUACAUACACAUAAGGUAUGCCAAAUGCUUAUCAGUCUAAGCAGAAACUUGAGUUCUUACUAUAGUAGAUAUCAUGUUCUAGGGGAGGGGAGAGCACAGCUUCUACCAACAAUGUAUGCUCGUUUAUAUCUACUGAAAGCUGUUCACCAAGUAAUGAUAAAUGGUUUGGCUUUGUUAGGAAUACAACCACUUUCUCAGCUGUGAGAUAAAAACAACAAUGUGUUUUUUGUUAGAUCUAUGCUACAGACACACGAACAUCUACAUUAUGUUAAAAAAGACAGGCCUCAGUCACAAGUGGAGAGUUCAACAUAAUCAUUGCAUAAAACUGCUGUCUUUUGUGAUACUAUGACAUUAACAAAUUAUUUAUAAUAAAUAUAUUGUUGUCCUUUUUUAUAAUUAAAGAUUUACUUUUUGAAAGAGUUGAAUUUCAAUGUAAAGAGUUGUAUUUUAGUGUUAAUUUGGUUCAAAUACUUUGGUUUUGCUUUUUGAUAUUCAAGUAGAAUUGAAAACACCGUUGUUAUGCUUGCAUAAUUUCAAGUAUGGAUUUG